CAUCCCACAUAAACUCCCGUUGUUGUUUCUGAUGCUAAGUUUAAAUUAACUUAAAGUUCAUCCUGUGUAAAGCCACUCGGAUAAAGAGUGCAUUAGCACCAACAUUGAACAUCGUUCUUAAAUACAUAUGUGUAUAAUUUUCCACUAGAUGAGUCAGCCCCAGUGAGCUUCCGCGGCGGGCACCAAAGAGGUUUGGUCUCCAGUCCUUAUAACAAGAGACCAACAAGCUGCGGGACCUCCUAAUCGUCACCAUGUCGGUAACCGCGCCGGCGCGCGAAGCGGCAUCCACGCUUCAACUGUGCAGGAUCAUGGGGCCAAAUGAUGCCAACAUUGUGGGCAACGUCCAUGGGGGCAUCAUCCUUAAGAUGAUUGAGGAAGCGGGAUGCAUUGUAAGCACGCGGCACUGCAACACACAGAACGGGGACCGCUGUUUGGCUGUUCUAGUACGAGUUGAGAAGACAGAGUUCCUGUCCCCUGUGUUCAUUGGAGAAGUCACCCAUGUCACUGCUGAGAUCACUUACACCUCAAAACACUCACUGGAGGUGCAGGUCAAUGUAAUGGCAGAAAACAUCCUCACAGGUACCAAGAAGCUGGCCAACAAGGCAGCACUGUGGUACGUCCCCUGUUCUCUGCAGAAUGUUGAGAAGAUCUUGGAGGUUCCCCCACUAAAGUAUGCCAGUGUGGAACAAGAGGAGGAGGGCAGAAAACGCUACGAGGCUCAGAAGUUGGAGAGACUGGAGACCAAAGCAAGGGUUGAAGAGGUGCUGCCACCUCCACCCAACCCAGAGGAUCCACCGAAAGAACAACACACUAUUGGCUUCAGUCAGUCCAGUCUGAUCCAUUUGGUGGGCCCAUCUGACUGCACACUCCACGACUAUGUUCAAGGAGGUGUGACCAUGAAACUGAUGGACGAGGUGGCCGGUAUUGUUGCAGCUCGCCACUGCAACACCAACAUUGUCACUGCCUCUGUGGAUGCCAUCAACUUCCAUCGCAAGAUCAAGAAAGGCUGCGUGGUGACAGUGACAGGUCGGCUCACAUUCGUCAGUAAUAGAUCAAUGGAAAUUGAAGUGUUUGUUGAUGCAACUUCUCUGGUGGAGGCCGAGAAAGGAAGAUACCGUGCAGUCUCAGCCUUCUUCACUUUCAUCUCCCUGGACAAGAGCAACAGGCCUCUUCCUGUCCCUCCUCUGAAGAUCAAUGGAGAGGAGGAGCAAAGGCGUGCAGAGGAGGGUAAGGCGCGUUACCUCCAGAAUAAAGCAAAGAGGCAGGCAGAAAAGGAGCGCCAGAUUGCUGCUACUGCUCACCAACGUUAAACCCCACCACCAACAGUAUAACCCACGGCACACCUGCAGUAAAACCCUAUAAAAAUCUAGUCUCCUAUUGUGUAAUUGUAGCCUCCUUUUAAACCUGAACCUGUGACUAUUAUUUUUCUGUAAAGCACACCAAAGUGUCCACAUUGAGCUGAGUAUAUGUCAAAGUAAUCCAUUAUUUUUGGGGAGAUCUUUAUUAAGCUAUAGUUUGAAGCAAUUUCAUUGUCAGUGCAAGUAAGAUUUCUAUUUUGUUGUAGGAAUAUUUUAGGGUGAAGACUUUAUGAUAAAUGUGAAUGCAACGCAAAAAUUUGAGUGCGAGAAAAUGAUGAAUAAGUGAGUGAAAAAUAAUGAAUAAAAGAUCCAAGUGUGA